UUGUCUUUAUCAUCCGACCGCUUUCAGGCGUCGCCAACAACGUCAGCUCGUCGAGAAGUGGAUGAUGACUCGAUAUCCUAUCAUUCUAUAUCUCUCGAUGACUGCACUGCCAUGCCGGAGUGGGAUGAAGAGGUCGUUAAAUUUCAGCAUUGGGACUUUGGAGCUUCGUUUCUGGCUGACCUGGAUUCGUCUCAUGUAUGGAAUGAUACGUUAGAACGACAGCAUUUUGGUCCACUCAAGGGAUUACUCACCACUGGUGCAUGUUGUCAUUUCAGAUCCAUUACUCUCGUUCAUCCGACAUGGUGCGAUAAAUGUGGCGAUUUUAUUUGGGGUUUAUUGAAGCAGGCUUCCAAAUGUGAAAAUUGCAACUAUACGUGCCAUAGUCGAUGUCAAGAGUUGGUGACGUUAGAAUGUCGAUCAGCCGGUUCAUCGUUAGCAUCAGACGAAUUCCCCUCCAUCUAUCCCAAAUUGCUUGAUGGAACCCUGGGAACUAUCCCGAAAGAGUUACAUCUGCCACCUCUCCAGUUACAUUCAUCAUUUGGGGAUUCCGACAAGGAGAACGAGACUUGUUUCGAGGUAAGUCCACGUCACUCCAUUCCUUCCAGUGCUCUUUUCACGUUGCGAAUAUCAGAAGUGUAUGUGAAAGAGGACACGCCGUUCGAAUGGUCUCCAGCUUAUCGUGAUGAAAACCUCGCUGAAAAGAUAGAAGAAUACAAUAAAACCAGCGAUGGCCUUAGCAUGAGAAUAAACGAUGACGGUGAGACGUUCUCUGGCCACAUCCAAAUCCAUAUGAACCUGACCCGACCGAUCAAUGUGGUUGCCGGAGAGAAACCGCCCUCAGUGUACGAUGUUGUGAAUACAGGCAAAUCCACCACAUCUUCCCUACGCACGAUAACCUCGUUCUUUUUGCCAAGGAACACGGUGAAGACCAUACAUAUCAACAGCACAAUGACGACAAGAAACGCGGACUCGUAUAGCACCUGGCCCAUGCCGUUCUUUUUCUCCAUGACGUCAAUCCCGAGUCUCUCGGGGUCCGCUUUUCUUGCUAGCCGGAAUGCCAGUGAGACUAGUGGGUGGCCGCAACUUGAGAACGAUCAAUGA